AGAAUUAAUAUUUUUUAUUUUUCAGAACUAAUAUUAGUAGCAGGGACUUUAAAGUCAUACGUAGAGAAUUCCAGCUUCUUGCUACUCAUAAAAGCAGAGAUGAAAGAUUGAGCGAUAAUGAGAAACCUGCCAGCACUCUUCAGAUCUGUGAUGCUGAUGACUCGUCAACAGUAUUAGGUAAUGAGUCGAAGUCAACUGAAGCAAGCGAACAUAUAACACAAUGUGGAAUCGGUGCAGAAUCAUUACGUCAUGAAAAUGCCAGUCCUGAUCCACUCAGCGCAUCAGAUAGUGUUAUGAACACCUCGUGCAUGGAAACACCCAAAAGUCACAUUCAAAGAAAAUCAUGGGUGGAUAAAAAGAAAAUUUCUGAAACGCCACAAAGCACAUCUGAUGCGUUACACAAAUGUUAUAACACUUUUCCAAGAAGAUCACAAAGGGUAAAAUAUUUGCAUAGUUCUCGCAGUAUUAUGAAGUCGAUUUAUACGCAAAUGGAGAAACAACAUGUUAAAGCUUUCGUACUAAAAAAUCGAAAAAUUCCAUUUAAAAAAGUACUAGGUGAAUAUCAGAGUGAGGAGGACACUUCUUCAUGCAUUCGUAAACAACGAUUUAUGAUGGAGAAUUGUAAUAAUAUUACCGAUAACACCCAUAAAUCAAGACAAAAUGAGGAUCUUAAUAUAUCAGUGAAGUUGCUGAACGUUGAAUUGGAACAUCAUCGAUCUCUCAAUAAAUUUCAUCUACAAUGCAGAUACAAUAAUUUGAAUGAAAAAAUAGAGAUUGAAAAUGUGUAAUUGUGAAUUAUUAUUAUCCUUCACUAUCCUCCUUUGCGAUUAUCCUUUAUCAUCCUUCAUAUAUACAUUGUAAUAACACUA